AUGGGCACUCACGAUGAACCGAGCUAUCUUGAUGAAGCAGAUGAGGUGUAUGUUAGAGCAAGAUGGCGUAACCAAUUCUCGAAUAUGGCGAAUCUACCGUCACAUUUGCAAGCAAAAAUAGACAACCGUAAAGGUGUGCUAGAAAGGUAUGACCAAGGGACUCGGGAAAAUGGGCACAGUCUUGAUAGUCAAGCGGUUGUGAAGCUCGAUAAGGAUCUUGCUGGAGCUGGCAACAGGCUCAUAAGACAAGUCUACAGCGGAGACCGCGUCGAACAUUCGCUAUUGGGCAGACAAGAACGAUUAAUAUCGCAGAGGCCUUCCUGGCAUGCGCCUUGGGCGCUUGCCAGGGUAAUUAACGGACAUGUUGGGUGGGUCAGAUGCAUUGAGGUGGAACCAGUGGACAACGAAUGGUUCGCUACUGGUAGUGACGAUACGACUGUGAAGGUUUGGGACUUGGCGUCUGGCAGACUGAAACUGACGCUUUCUGGCCACGUAAUGGCGGUGAGAGAUUUAGCCAUCUCGGAGCGACAUCCAUACCUAUUUUCGGCAAGCGAGGACAAGACGGUCAAAUGUUGGGACUUGGAGAAAAAUAUGGCGAUUAGAAACUACCAUGGCCAUCUUUCCGGUGUCCACACGGUUGCUGUGCAUCCCACUUUAGAUCUAGUCGUAUCGGCGGGCCGAGACAGUGUGAUCAAACUGUGGGAUAUCCGAACAAGGCUGCCCGUUAUGAAUCUGGUUGGCCAUAAGGGCCCCAUCAACAAGAUUCGCUGUCUGCCGGUCGACCCACAGGUAGUGAGCUGCUCCACGGACGCCACCAUUCGAGCAUGGGAUAUUGCGGCCGCCAAGUGCGUCAAAAUCCUAACUCACCACAAGCGAUCCGUUAGAGACCUGGCGCUCCAUCCGUCUGAAUUCUCGAUGGUCUCCGCCUGCACUGACGAUAUAAGGUCCUGGAAACUACCUGAAGGCCUUUUACUCACUAAUUUCGAGUCUGCAAACACUGGCAUUAUCAACGCGCUAAGCGUCAACCACGAUGAUGUGCUAUUCGCUGGCGGCGACGACGGCACCUUGUCGUUUUACGACUAUAAAUCAGGUCACAAGUAUCAAUCAGUAAGGACCAAACAGGUUCCAGGAUCUUCGGAGAGUGAGCGCGGAAUUUUGUGCAGUAGCUUUGACCGAACCGGUCUGCGAUUAAUCACAGGCGAGACGGACAGAAGCAUAAAGAUCUGGAAGCAGAACCCUGAUGCUACUCCAGAGACACACCCAGGCAUCCCAUGGAACCCAUUACUGGCCUCCCAGAGGUUUUAA